AUGACUAGAGUAACAGCAGAAGAUCUUUUAGUCAUCGUUAACCUCACUGUACCAGAAGAAGAACACACAUGGGACGACAGAGAAACCACCCCCUUGCUCUACGACAUCUCGUUCAACAACACCGUUGGGCCAUCUGGGCAAGCGUUCUUGUGCAAUUCGAGCCUUAACGGUCUUUCUGAACUGAACUUCUACCUAAACGGAGUGAGUACGAUGGCUGUGAUAGCCCUGGGAAUCAUCGGUAACUCCUUGGCUAUCAUUGUUCUAACCAGACGAACGAUGUACACUUCUACCAACAUCUUCCUGACGGCUCUUGCCAUCUGGGACACUAUGGUUCUGCUGGUUUGUCUUCUGCUCAUCAGCCUCAUCGAGCUCUUCCGGCCGUUCAGGGAGAAAGUAUUCCCGUAUGUGGUCGUCUACGCAUAUCCGGUAGCCCUAGCAGCGCAGACAGCGACAGUAUGGCUGACAGUUUCGUUCACUGUAGAGCGCUAUAUCGCAGUCUGUCAUCCGCUACGAUCCGCCAGCAUGUGUACAACACCGCGAGCUCGGAUAGUCGUCCUUGUUAUAUCCGCCAUCUCCAUCCUCUACAACGUUCCUCGCUGGUUUGAAUACGUCAUUGUCAGAUUUACUGACAUCCACAGCCAGACGUGUAUAUUUCCAGGAAAAACUCCACUAGCCAACGAUUCCAUUUACCAUAAAAUUUACUUUGGAUGGCUCUAUUUCCUUGUCAUGUGCUUCAUUCCCCUGUGCUCGCUUGCGAUACUAAACCUAUUUCUCAUCGUAGCUGUCAGGCGAUCCCGGCAACAACGGAAAGAUAUGAACGUCCGGCAGUCCCGUGAGAAUAAUGUAACUAUCAUGCUAGUGUCAGUCGUAAUGGUUUUCAUCAUCUGCCAAGUGCCCGCUCUUGUAUACAACAUGGCUUACGCUAUAGACAUGCAAAAGGUUUCCAAUUCUGUAGGCUGGAUCGUUCUUAGUAACACUAGAAACUUUCUCGUCACGCUCAACAGUGCUAUCAAUUUCAUACUUUACUGCGCCCUGGGUCAAAAGUUCCGGCGAACGUUUGUGCGUACGCUUUGUCCGUGCCUCAUCAGACGAAUGCCAGGAAUAUUCCAGUCCUUUAGCUUUAGCACCCAGAGGCAAAGCAUGCACCUCAAAUCUACCGCCAACGGAAGCGUCUACGCCAGCGUCAAUUACAAGCAGUGUCGAACUGAGAUCAUCCACCCCGACCAAGAUGUCAACCUGGAUAUGAAAAUACUAAGGUCCAAACACUCGCCAACAGAUUCCAAUGGGUCCGCUGAAGCCACUGAUGCCUACCAUUCUAACGUGUCUCAACGAAGUAAUCUGAAGCUUUUAACCACUACAUAUAAAAGCAAAGGUAACUGA